UCCAAACAAACAGUUCUUAAAAUUACUAACAACCUUUCUGCAGAUCCUCAGUUGGCUUUUGUUCCCCUUUCCGAUGAUCUCCAGUUUCUUCCACAGAUUCUCGAUGGAUUCAGAUCUGGACUCUUACUGGGCCGCUCCUACACAAUGAUAUUGUCGUCCUUUAAUCAUUUCUUCACCACUUUGGCUGCAUGUUCCAGAUCAUUGUCUUGUUAGAAUGUUCAAUGCUGUCCAGUGUGAAGAUCUGCAGAUUUUUUUUUAUGCUGUCAUCUUUUCUCAGGGUGCACUUUGCUUUGACUAGGCUGCCUUAGCCGCCGACUAACAUUACUGAAUUAUUACCUUUCUACCAUGGUGAUGUUCUUGAGCGUGAAUGCUUCUUCUAACAGCUCCAUUUUUUCCCAUCCCACUAGAAAACUGAUUGCCAGGUAAGUUUCUACAAAAGCUUGGCACGUUUUUGUGUCUUUGUCUUGUAGAGAUGCAGUCCUCCUUGGUUUGCAUCUAUGGAGACCAGCCUUAUUUAGUGGUGGUUAAAGUGUCGGUCUUUAGAUGUUGGUACCAGAACAGUUCAGAUUCACCAGGAUGGUCUUGGUGGUGGUGAUCUUUGGUUUCCUCUUGAAUCUCACUUUUCGCACACUUUUCUUGGAUAUUUUUCAGUGUGGAGCCUUUUGUACUUUCUGAUGCUGAUUUACACUGUGACUAGUGUAAACUUUACAAUGGCUUUACAGUCUUUCUGUGACAGACCCUCAUAGUCCCCCCAAGAUGUUUGGUUUAGGUCACGACUUGCAAUAGAUUAGUGACUAGAGAACUAGUGCUUCAGGUUUUCUAAAUUUAUGGUGUAUAAGAAUGAUGUAGAAAUUACUGGGAACAUUUGGAAAGGGAUAAAUGCUGCAUUUUCUCAUGAAUAAGUGAUAUGACUAAUUUUGUACUUGGUUGUUAAAAACAAAUGUAGAAAUCGUUCAAAUUCACAUCUCCAACACAAUAUCUUAUCAUUUUUUGUCAAUUGUUGUGAUUUCUUAUGUAAUUUCCAUCCAGAAGAUAACCUUUGACCAAAUACGAAGUCAUUAUUCAUAUAAAUCGACUCUGAAGAAGGUGUGGACUAUUUCGUGGGUCAACGCUGUUGGACCAAUCAGAAUGCAGCAGCCUCCAGUGGGCGCGGCUUAGGCGCAGUUACGACAGAGAGCGUCAUCAAACAGGAACCAGCCGGUUUUAUCUCAUCAAUGACCGCCGGUCGACCGGUUUUAUUUUACGGAGCUCUUCUUCUGUUGACCGGAGCUCUGCUUUUUCUCCAUUCUCUGGUUGUUGCAGGCGGUAAGAACGAUUUCACCGACACUUGGCUGCUGUUAUUUCUCGGCCCCUCGAAAGACAAAAAAGCUUCAGUGCGGCAACAUAGUAAGGUGCAAACAUUUCAAAGGGCAAACCUGAAAGGAGCCUGAAAGAUUCAGAAGUGGAAGAAAAGCAGAGGGAAACUUUAUCAUCAUCCUGAAGAACUAUGGAACUGUCACUGGCUCACCCGGCCAUCAAAGCCUUCAUGUGUGGCUCCUUCAGUGGGACCUGCUCCACGCUGCUGUUCCAGCCUCUGGACCUGAUCAAGACCCGUCUGCAGACGCUGCAGAGCGGCGUGCAGCCCGGCUCAGGCAGAGUGGGCAUGAUGUCGGUGCUCCUCAGCGUCGUUCGGACAGAGAAGCUGCUGGGACUGUGGAAAGGAGUUUCACCGUCCUUUGCUCGCACCAUCCCAGGAGUGGGCAUCUACUUCAGCACCUACUACUCUGUGAAGCAGCACUUCUUCCAGGACGGCAGCCCGGGGGCGGUGGAGGCCGUGCUGCUGGGAGGAGGAGCCCGGAUGGUGGCGGGGGUCGUGAUGCUGCCGGUUACUGUCAUCAAGACACGCUUUGAAUGUGGCAGGUACAGUUAUGGGAGUGUAACCGGGGCUCUGCGCAGCGUCUGUCGGACUGAAGGUCCUGCUGCUCUGUUCUCUGGACUCACGGCGACGCUCCUCAGAGACGUUCCUUUCUCUGGGAUCUACGUCAUGUUCUACAGUCAGACCAAGGCCUCGCUGCCAAAAGAGAUCAGCUCCUCUCCUUCGGCCCCGCUGGCUAACUUCAGCUGUGGGAUCCUGGCCGGCGUUCUGGCCUCCCUGAUCACUCAGCCGGCCGAUGUGGUCAAAACACACGUUCAAGUGAAUCCGCAGUCCCUGAGGACGGCAGAGGCGAUCAGAAUCAUCUACACGGAUCAUGGACUCCAGGGCUUCUUCAGGGGGGCAGUUCCUCGGUCUCUGAGGAGGACGAUGAUGGCAGCCAUGGCGUGGACGGUGUAUGAGCAGAUGAUGGCACACAUCGGGCUGAAGUCGUGAAAGAACGUCGAUCAGAAACAAGGAAGAGAUUGAAGACUGUGAUGAGCGCACUGGAAGGAACUGCUUCAGUGGAGUUGCUCAGAGGAGUGCCGAAGGCUUUCUAAAAUGUUUCACGGCCCGGUGAGGAAGGAAGCGAACCAGUAGUUGUCUAAAUGACUGACAGGAACGUUAAAAGAGAGAUGUGGACGAUCUACUGUCUAAAAUGUGUCUUAUAGCUGAAAAUUGGGGAAGCUUGUGCCAUGUAACUCUGAUGUUUUCUCUUGCACUAUUUGGAGAUUUUGCUCGUUUUAGAAAGGCCUCAGUGGAAUUUCCAGCAUGUGUGUGUCUUGGCUUCUGGGGAUUAUAUUCGGUCAAAAGACUGCAGUGACACAGUCCAUGAUUACUUAAGACUGUGCCACAGAUAAAGCUCAGAUUUCUGUCAUUCACUUCAAUCCCAGCAGCAGUAGAUUAACACCCUUAGUGCCGUCAUUUAGGAGUCUCUGUGCCUUGUAAAUAACACUAUUCUAUUUAUAUUCUAACAGAUUAUUUUUUUAAAAAGUAAAAUAUGUGCUUUUGAAUGCUGCCUUAAAAUUGAAUCAUCUCAUAUUUCAAGUGUAUUUGAAUGCAAUUGUAUUUUUUCAGAAGUAUUUGACCUUUUUAAAGAUGCUUGAUGGAUUAAAAUUAUGUAAAACAAA